UUAUUUAUUUAUUGUUUUUUUUUUUUGGCCUAGCAUAUGGCGCCGGAAAAUGCGCCGCCGCGCGUGCUGUUGGUUUAUAGCGCCAAAAACUAAUCAAAGUGCCGACAUCGCAGUUGCUGCUGUGAGUCUUGAGGGGAUUAAAGGCCGCGCCGCGGACAGGUGCGACGCGUAAAUCGUAAUCAGAUAGGAAGGCGGACACUCGCAUGGAGUCGGGCAGUCGGGCAGGGCAGGGCAGGGUAGGGCUGUGCGAUAUGCUAACCACCACGCCCACCGCUGGCAAAGCGCCCACGAAGCCAAACAACGAGCGGCCCAAUCUCAACAAUGGCUACCUGCAGGCGAACGCGCACGAGGAUCUCAGCUCGACGGCGGUCUCGCCGCUGCUCGGCCAGCAGCUGCCACAGUUGCCGCAACUGUUGCCAGCACAGCAGCAACAUCAGCAGCAGCAGCAACAGUUGCCGCCACCACAGCAACAACUUAAGCUACCAACGGUGGUUUUCCUAAGUCCCGAUGGCAGUGGCGCCGUGGGCAGCGCCUUGCAGCGCAAUGCGCCGGCUGUAGCUGUGGGAGCAGCUCCUGGUUCCGCCUCCGGUACGGCUCCGGCUGCCUCAGCUCCAGCCGUUGCCAGCGACUGGCUGCUGCUGAAGGAGGCGCAGCAUCGGCGCCGUCUACUGAUCCUGGCCAUCGCCUUCACCGUGCUGGGCGCGGCCAUCGGUGCCCUGGCCAUCUACUUUGCCAGCGUCCAUCAGCGAUGCCAGCUCCAUCCGCGCAGCGGGCCACAGGAUGCAGGCGAUGGCAGCUUUAACCUGGAUGGCACUCACAACAACAUCUGCAUGACACAGGAAUGCGUGCGAACAGGUGAGUGAACAGGU